AGUGACGACGUGGAAGAAACUCAAUCUCUUUCUUCUUCACCUUUUUUCUUUUUCUUCGCACUGGAAAAUUCCGCAGGUGAGAGAGAGAAACAAUGGCGAAGCUACUUCUUCUUCACGCGCCUCAUGUAAUACCUAGGUUUAGCAGCAGUAGUAGUAGAUCACUGGUCUCCGCAGCGGCUUUAUACAGAAGACCUCUCCUCGUGAAUCCCCAAUUUUCCCAUAUCGGACCUCGUCUUCAUUCUCCGUACAAUCGGAGAUUCUCGGCUCGAGCCUUCGACGAUUCACCUGCUUCCUCGGCGGAGAUGGAGAAAGAGAAACAGGAACAGCUGCUGGAUGGAGUUUCUGGGAAAAAAGAUGAGGACUAUCCGACCGGAGAAAUGGAGUAUGAGAAUAGGAACGCGUGGGAGAUUUUUGUUGUGAAGUUUCGGAUGUUAUUUGCUUAUCCAUGGCAGCGUGUUCGUAAGGGAAGCGUCUUGACCAUGACAUUGCGCGGCCAGAUCUCUGAUCAGCUAAAGAGCCGUUUCAAUUCUGGGCUUUCUCUGCCUCAACUCUCAGAAAAUUUUGUGAAAGCGGCAUAUGAUCCUCGUAUUGCUGGAGUCUACCUUCACAUUGAUCCUUUGAGUUGUGGGUGGGGAAAGGUUGAAGAAAUUAGAAGGCAUAUCUUGAAUUUUAAGAAAUCAGGUAAAUUCAUUGUUGGAUAUAUCAGCAUUUGUGGGCUAAAGGAGUACUAUCUUGGAUGUGCAUGCAACGAGCUCUUUGCCCCACCUAGUGCCUAUUCCUUUCUGUAUGGUUUGACUGUUCAAGCAUCUUUUCUUGGCGGUGUCUUCGAAAAAGUGGGGAUUGAACCUCAAGUACAAAGGAUUGGAAAAUACAAAAGUGCUGGAGAUCAGCUUUCUCGCAAAAGUAUAUCUGAGGAAAAUUAUGAGAUGCUGAGUGUGCUUCUUGAUAACAUAUAUUCAAAUUGGCUGGAUGGUGUUUCUGACGCAACAGGGAAAAAGCGAGAAGAUGUUGAAAAUUUCAUCAAUCAAGGAGUUUACGAAAUCGAAAAGCUCAAGGAAGCGGGGCUGAUAAAGGAUAUUCGCUAUGAUGAUGAGGUUAUAACGAUGCUGAAAGAGAGGCUUGGAGUCGAGAAAGACAAAAAGCUUCCUACUGUUGAUUACAAGAAAUACUCAGGUGUUAAGAAGUGGACUCUUGGUCUAACUGGCGGCCGAGACCAAAUAGCUAUUAUUAGAGCAGGGGGAAGCAUUUCUCGGGUUAAGGGUCCAUUAAGCACUCCUGGUUCAGCUAUCAUAGCAGAACAACUAAUUGAGAAGAUCCGCAGUGUUAGAGAGUCCAAAAAAUAUAAGGCUGCCAUCAUCCGAAUUGACAGUCCAGGAGGUGAUGCUCUCGCUUCUGAUUUAAUGUGGAGGGAGAUCAAACUACUGGCUGAAACAAAACCCGUCAUUGCGUCAAUGUCAGAUGUGGCAGCAAGUGGAGGCUACUACAUGGCAAUGGCUGCAAACGCCAUUGUUGCUGAAAAUUUGACAUUAACUGGCUCAAUUGGAGUUGUCACUGCAAGAUUUACCUUGGCCAAACUAUAUGAAAAGAUUGGCUUCAACAAGGAAACUAUAUCUAGAGGAAAAUAUGCUGAGCUUCUGGGGGCUGAGGAAAGACCUUUAAAGCCAGAGGAAGCAGAACUGUUUGAGAAGUCUGCACAGCAUGCAUACCAGCUUUUCCGAGAUAAAGCAGCCUUAUCAAGAUCGAUGCCUGUAUUUGUUCCAAUCUUGUUUUCUUUCUUGUAUUCCUAUGCUUUUUCAAGACUAAAUAUUUAUUCUUACCAUGUUCCUAGGUCGACAAGAUGGAAGAAGUUGCACAGGGCAGAGUGUGGACCGGUAAGGAUGCUCAUUCUCGUGGUCUAAUAGAUGCUGUCGGUGGGCUGUCCCGAGCUAUAGCCAUUGCUAAGCAGAAAGCUAAUAUUCCUCUUAAUAAGAAGGUAACUCUUGUUGAGCUUUCAAGACCUUCUACAUCACUACCAGAUAUCUUAAGCGGUAUAGGAAGCUCGGUGAUUGGAGUUGACAGAACAUUAAAAGGACUGCUCGACGAAUUAACAAUCACCGAGGGAGUUCAAGCUCGUAUGGACGGAAUCAUGUUUCAGCAACUUGGCCGAGAUUCUUUAGCAACUCCCAUCAUUGAUAUGCUUAAAGAUUACCUCAGCUCUCUCAGAUGAUUCCGACACUAGUACUGAAUCUCAUUUGAAUGAAACUAAAGAAACCGAUGAAACAUCUUUAAAGUCAAACAUUCAUAAAUAAAACGAAAAUGAUAUCAAACAAGUUUCAAGUCUUAAACGUACGUUUCAGCUAAUCUCGAAGAUAUAUAUAUAUAUAUAUAUGUGUGUACUUCCCUAUUAGAAACAAUAAUGAAGAGCUCAAUGAAGAAUAUUAUCUUCUUCGUAGCCUUUC